UUCUAUUAUAACUUUUUUUGUAGUGUUGUGGCGUAGCGAGUUGUAAGCGUUGUGUGUCCUGACGUGAGUGUAGUAAUCCUAUUUACUUGCAGUUCUUCCUUGUGUGACCUCCACCACAAGGCCGGGAAGCAACCACACAGCCCUCAAAUGAACAAACAUGGGAGAAACAGGAGUGCAUCGUCUGUAUUUGGCAAAAUCAUUACAGGAGCUAAAUUGUCAAGUUCAUGAAAUUCCCAAAGCUGCACCCAAGAUGUUGGUGAAUACUGCCCAGAGAGUUCUGAAAGAAGCACAGGCUGUGGACAAAGUUAAAGAUGAAGAAAAAGCUUAUGUCCUCUACAUGAGAUACUUUUCAAUUGUGUUGACCAUACAGAAGCAUUCAGAUUAUAAGAAAAACAAAAAAUACUACGAUGGCCUUUUGGAUCCCAAGAUGACUGUCAAAGUAAUUAAUAGAGCAGAAGAAUUACAGAAGAGCCUUGAGAACAGGUAUGGAUUUAUAAGUACUGCAAUCAAAUUAGAACAAUUGGAAGAGGAGAAAAGAAUAGCUGAGAGGCUUGAACAAGUAGAAAAAGAAAAAGAAGCCAAAAAAGUAGCAGAGACAGUCAAACCAACAAGCACAGCAGUAACAAAUGGUUUGGCAGAAGAGGAUGGAUUUAUAUUCUGCAAGAAACUCUACUCUCUAAUGAAAGAAAAGUGUUCAACGUACCUGAUUUUGGAUACCAGACCUUCAGAAGACUUUUCCGAGUCACAGAUGGCUUUACCAAAUGUAAUUAAUAUAUCGGAAGAUAUAUUAAAUCCAGGGUUAAUAGCUGGAAGGAUUGGUAGUGAACUUGACGAGUCAUCGUGUAGUCUUUGGGUGAAACAUCGUCACACAGUUGAUUAUUUGAUCUUGGUGGACUGGAACACCGAACAUUUACCUCUAACAACCCCUCUGAAGACCCUUGUAGAUGCUAUGGUGAAGUGGGAUCCAGGUAAGCCGUACAAAAGCCGUCCGUGGGUGCUACUUGGAGGGUACGAAAUGUGGCAAUUGAUGUAUCCCAUGCAUACUACUAAUCCUAGAGCAAAGCCACGCAACCCAUCAGUAAUGAGACACCAAGAGCCAGUAUCACUGAAUUUUGAAUACCCUGACUUGGAUAAAGCCUUCCUGAUUACUCCGUCUCCAAGUCCAGGGGCCAAAACAGCUGCUUUACCAACAGUAAAACCACCUCUCAAGCCAAUAGUAACUGAGGAACUUAUGGAUAGCAAGAAUAAUAACAAGAAUAUCAACAACAACUUAGAUAUUUCUAAAGUUUAUAAUAAUGAAACUGAAGUAGAAGGAAGUCCAAUUAAGGUUCUGCUUGAUUCAAAAAUUAAUACUUGGAAUAUUAAAGACUCAAAUAGAGAUCUUGAUUACCAGAAAACCAGAAAAAUCAGCAAUUUUGCAGACAAAGUAGAUAACACACCAUCUAUACCAAGUAGAGCACUGAAGCCUAGAGAACUGCUUGCAAAUCUUGCUGCAAAGAAAUUGGAGCUGGAUGAAGAACAGGAACUGUUGGAGCAGUCAAUGAAAGUCGAGGAGGACACUAUUAAAAAGAUAGAGGAAAUGGAAGCAACAACAACACAGCGAGAAACGGCUCGCGAUGAACAAAGUCGAGCUCAAUUACAGCAGACAGAAAAGAGGUUACAGGAAGAGAUAGACAAGCUACAAGCAAAAAGUUCAGACAUGGAAGAGCAAUACAACAAAAUUCACAAGCAAAAUGAGGAACUGUGGAGGAUGGUUAAUCUUGCAUUGUCGGGUCGUUUGAGCAAUCUGAACCUGGAACCCACGGCACAGUUGGAUCAUGAUGCUGAAGCUCAACUUCAGAAAGAAGAUCAAGAUCGUCUACAGAAGCAAGAAGACAAGAGAAAGGCUCUACAGGAGCAAGUAGAACGUAUGCGUAAAGAAAGGAAAGAAAAAGAAAAGAGACUGAAAGAGCAGGCAGAAAAGGAGAAGCUGUUAAGUGAGCAGAAGGCCCAAGAGGCUGAAAUAGAGAGGCAAAAACUUGAGGAAAGGAGAUCACGAGUGGAUGGGGAAUCUCGCUCUCUGAAGACAAAGGGUACUGGUGGCGAGACUUACACUACCAAACUACGAGGCUCUCCUCGUUCCUCACCAGUUAGGGCUGGGUCAAAUCUCAAGCGGUCACAUUCUGCAUUCAACCUGUCUCAGCUUGAAGAUGAUGAUGAUAAAAUGACUUUUGGGAGUACAAUGCCAAGUUUUGACCGAGGUCUCAAGCCAUUAGGGACCCCACAGCGAAGAAAUAUUAAUGCUGCUCGGCAGAGAAAUUUUGAACCAAGAUAUGGGAGUGUGCCUCCUGCAAAAACUGGAUUGAAAAACUUGGGCAAUACCUGUUACAUGAAUUCUGUGAUACAAUGUCUGAACAACACCACACCACUGGUCAAGUACUUCAUAGAAGGCACCUAUAGUGAUGACAUCAACUCGAACAGCAAAUAUCGUGGGGAAGUAGCAGAAGAAGUGGGGGCAGUCAUUAGAGCACUGUGGUGUGGGCAGUAUCGAUCGAUAGCUAUGAGGGAUCUUAAGAGUGCAGUGGGCCGCUUUCACAAACCUUUUCAGGGCUAUGAUCAGCAUGAUUCCCAUGAAUUUCUGAUUAAAUUAAUGGAUUGGGUACAUGAAGAUUUGAACAAGGUUGUUGGUAAGAAACCCCCCAUGAAGGAACAAAACAAUGAUGACCUCCCUGACUAUGUUGCUGCAGAGAAAGUAAUGGAGGAUUUAAGACGACAAGACCAGUCCAUUAUCCAUUCCAUCUUUAAUGGCCUUCAUCGCUCCAUUAUAGUGUGCGGUACUUGCAGCAAUCGCUCCCUCACCUUUGAACCAUUUUCCAUACUCUCACUGUCGUUUCCUUCAUCUAGCAGGUGUUCUCUCAGAGAUAUGUUUCAUCACUUCUACAAAGAAACAAAUAUAGAAUACAAGUGCUCCAAGUGUAAAAAGAUGCGCAACUGCAUACGCAAACUUGACAUAUGGAAGUUACCCCCAAUAUUGAUCUUGCAUCUAAACCGGUUUGAACAUGAUGUUUUAAUGAAGAAACAACAGAAUUUUGUUGAUUUUCCACUGGAUAAUUUAGAGCUCAAAAAACAAUGUGGCAUAACCAACCGGUAUACAAACUUUGACCUAUAUGGUGUAUCUAACCACUAUGGCACCAUGGAUGGUGGUCACUAUACUGCAUUCUGUAAGUCUGUUCUCAACAAACAAUGGUAUAAAUUUGAUGACCAUGAAGUUUAUGAACUUUCACGAGAUGCUGUCAAGUCUUCAGCAGCAUAUUUACUGUUUUAUGAAGCCAGCAAUAUGAAUGUUAAAGUCACCAACUUGAUAUGAGAAAGACAUGUGUGUAUUAUCAAAGUUAGACUUGUGUACUGUAUUAUAUGAUAAAAAAUAUAUAUAUAUUUGUGUGUAUUUGGUAUAAAUACGUGUUUGUGGGAAGUGAGCUCCAGCUCUUUAACCCAGGCUCUCAGCUGUUGGUUGUCUGGUGCAACAACUUCUGAAGUUGUACACACAAACAUGAAUGAAGGUAGUCUCCACUACCUCCUUCCCUAGUUCAUUCUACUUGCUCACCACACUCACUGAAGGAAUACUUUUAUAUAUCGCUAUAACUCGUGCAUUGGCAGAGUGCACAUAUUUUCCCCUAUUCACAGACUGUCCUUAUCCUCUUCUAUAUUCCUGAUUAUUUUCUGUACACUAUUGUUAUUUUAUUCUUUGGUUCUUACCCUUUCUAAUGAUGUGAAGUUCAGUUUCCUUAGCGUGUUCUCAUCACUAAAUCACCUUAGUUCAGGUACUAGUCUUGCAAAAAAUCUCUAAAAUUUCUUAGCUUUUGUUCUAGUUUUAUGUGAUGCGGGUUCCAUCGUGGUGUUUACUUAUCAGAGAUUACAGGGUACUUAAAUUUGGCUCUCACUACUUUACAUCCUAGCAUUUUGUACCUCUUACACAUCAUUGUUAUAUUUAAUACAGGAUUAAGGUAUAAUGUUCAAAAUGCUUCCUUAAUCAGUGGGCCAGUUGACCAGUCGAUUGUGUCACACAAUCGACUUGAGAAUGGUCCAGGACGGACUGAAACGUCGUCGUCCCUUCACCUUCUAGUGUGUGGUCUGGUCAACAUACUUCAGCCACGUUAUUGUGACUCAUUGCCUGCAGUGGGUCAGGUUUGACUUGUGAUAAGCUGGUCCCACAGACUGUUGCUUGGAGCAGCCCACAGCCCCACAUAUCCACCACAGCCCAAUGUGGUGGAUAUGUGGGCCAGUACUUUUUGCAGGAACUUAAAUAAUUUUUUCUUAAACAAGUGCACUUUUGUCCUGGCAAUAAUUCUGAACCUUGUUGGUAGGAUAUUGCAUACCCAUGAACUUGUGAUGUUCAUGCAGUGUUCUCUGAUUGUGCCUAUGGCCUAGUCUUUACUGCAUCUAGUCUGCACUUCCUACCAUAUUUGUCACAAACCACAUAUCAGAAAAUGAAGAAACAAUGACGUUUUGAUCAGUCCUGGACCAUUAUCAAGUUGUGUAAUAGAAAGACAGUGGAAGAGAGAAACAAUUUGCUCUGCAUGUUUUGUACAAAGUCUUAUCAAAAUGCUUUGAUGUCUUUCCUAGGUCCUUAUUUUUUAUGUUUAAAUCAGUGACUAACACCUCGGAUGCUGUACUGUUUUUCUGGUAUUCUUUCUCCUAUUUUCAUUUUCAUUGCCUUGCAUUUGUUGGAAUUGAUUUACUGUAUAUUACACACUUAGCCAUUCUUGAAGUUUGUUCAAGGCCUCCUUCAGUAUUUUACAAUUUUCUUCAGUUCUUAUUCUGCUCAUCAGUUUUGCAUAAUCUAUUAUUAUGUACCUGUAGGCAUUAAUUUCCUCAUAUUGUAUAAGCCAAUUAGGUAAAUCAAUAAGCAGCAUUUGUCAUGUUUCUCAUCCCUGUAACACCCAACUUUUUAUUCAGACUUCCUUUCAACACUGGUUGAUACCUAGUUGAUGGGGUUCUGGGAGUUCUUCUACUCCCCAAGCCUGGCUCGAGGCCAGGCUUGACUUGAGAGAGUUUGGUCCACCAGGCUGUUGCUUGGAGCGGCCUGCAAGCCCACAUAUCCAUCACAAAGCCUGGUUGGUCCGGCACUCCUUAAUUUGACUCUAUUUUCUACCUGUUAAUUAUUAAAAAGAACCAAUUCUAAUACUCAUGUUUCUACAUUUUUAGUUAGUCUCUUGUUAGCAGUGUUAAAGGCUCCCUGGCAAUUCAGAUAUUGUCUAUCAAUCUUAUUACUGCACUGUAUUUUCCAUCUUAUUCAUUCUAUCGUAGAAUUAUUCAAUUUGAUUCAUGCUUUUUUGUUCUCAGAACUGAUGACGAUUCAUCAUUAUAAAUAAUUACUUCAACUGUUUUGCUAGUCUGAUAUUUUCUCUAUUUUGUAUGUGUCGUGUAUGUUAUUACCUAUGUGAUUACUUGUAGUUAGAGAAAGAGGCCUAUGCUCAAGUUAUCUCUGUCUUUGUAAACUGCAUUUUACCUUGAAUAAUUGAACAAUUUUAAAUGCAUUUACCACAACUUUGUCUUGGAGUAUUUCAAUCAUUUACCGCUUUAUAACUAAAGACACACCGUAUGUCCAGUCAUCCCUUCUCAACCAUUUUAUGUACUGUGAUCUUUUUAUUUAUUUAAUACUGGUCUACAAAGCCUUUCUGUGUUUUUUCAUCUUGCAUGUUGUUAUUGUUCCAGGUAUACCACCUUCCUUUGCAUAUUGAAAUCUUUAAUAUUUCAUUAUGGCACAUAUUUCUAAUGUCUGGAAUCGUUUUUUAUUGUUUUUUGGAUUUUUUGUUCUUUUAAUUUUAGAGGAUACUUUAGGUGUGGGCACAUAUCCCAUAGACAGCUGCAUAUUCAAAUUUAGGUCAGAGAUAUAUUGCAAAUCUUUCUAUCUACUUAAAAUAUAUCCUAAAAUUUGAUAACUUUCUGUAGGACUGUUAUCCAAGCACUUACAUAGUGUCCCGGUGAAGAAAUUUUGGGUAGAUAAUCUUGGAACAUUUUCUGUAUCAAGGUUUUGUAUGUUUUUUAAAGUUGUUACCAUAAAACUGCUAUGCAGUUUUAUGGUAACAACUUUAUCCAUUGCAUGAGUUGUCAAAGCUCUUAAAUCAACAACUGCAAUUUUAUAAUCCUAAUUGAGGGCUAAUUAUUUUUCUCAAUUUUGAUUACAUAACAUGUGUGUGUAUGUGAUUUGUCUUUAUAUACAAAACAUGAGUUUUGUGUGUGUGUGUGUGACAGUUUUAUAUAGAAAGAACUAUUGUCCUCUUGUUGACAAAGAAAAUAUAGCAUUCUUUAUUUUCACAAUAUUUUAUUAAGUAAUUAUACUCUUACUUUUGUAUCUUUAUCUUCACUUGUAUUUCUGUAUCACAAUUUAUAUAUGACCUCUAUUCUUCGGUGAUAAGAGUUGCAGAUGACGGUGAGGAAAGAGAGGGGCACUACUAAUGCUUCAUUAUAGCAAUACACACACGUAUGCUGAUGUUGGCCCAAGUUCUAUGUGAUUAUCUUUGUACAUGCAGUAUUUUACAGAUAUAUAUAUUAUAUAUUACAAAGUAUAUUAUUACACUUUAUUAGAUAGCCAUUACGAACAGACUUUGUGACCAUUGGUAGUAUUUCCAUAAGAAAGUACAGUAUAAUAUUUUAUAUUAGAUUUACUAUAUACAUAAGAGUCAGAAACUAUGUUAACCUGUGCUUCCAUUUCUCACUGUAUUUUUACUUUAUUUUUCACAUUUGUAUAAUUUUACCUUCAUUUGCAUUUGGGGUGAAGUGUGGUUAAAUAAAUGAUAUAAUAGUCCAUUCACCUGCACUGUAUGGGUCUCUAAUUGUGGACCCCACGCAUGUGAGGCCAUAGCUCUAUCAACUUGGCUGUGAACAGUCUUAAAAUGGAAAGUUUCCAGAAGCCGUAUCCUGCUGCCAAACUGGCAUUUUCUAAGCUACUUAAAAUUCUGGGAAAAAAACAACUGGGAAAAAGUUACGGCUUCAAAUGUGUGGGGUCCGCAGUUCGAGACCCAUACAGCCCAGGUGAAUGCAAUGUUUAUUUCCAUGGAAGUGUGGAUGGCAAUUUAAAUGAUAUUAUACUAUAUAUAAAAAAAGUAUCCAUCUAUUAAAUAACAAAAAAAGACUAACCCUGAGAAAUGAAAAAUAUGUAAAAUACUGUAAUAAAUAGUUUGAAUAAAAAAUAGCAGUGACAAUUAUUGGUAGAAAUACUAAAUGCAGAAGCAUUUUGAACAGCUAUAGUAAUGAAUAUUGUAUGUACUGUAUAAUAAUUUGAUAAUUCAGAAAAACACACACACAAAUUUUUUUUAAUUACACUGUGACUUUCUGCAGUUGUUACCGAUAAUGUUUGACCAGUCAGUAAUCAGUAUUAUAUGUAUUUCAAAACUUGUGGCUCUGUCAGGACUGCAUAAUGGCUGGAAUGGCCAUUAGGAAUUUUUUUGUUAAUUGCUUGGAUUUAAGUUUAUAUAUCAAGAUGAUAAUCUGAUACUGUAGUAUCAUUUUGGUCAUUAAACUGUCCUUGACAUGUACAUUACCAAGAUAAUAUGAUAACAGAUAUUGUUAAUAAAGUUAUGAGUGUUUUAGGUUAAAGAAUGUUUUUAUUUUGGAAAUCAGAUAUGAAAUGAAAUUAUUACAGUUCUACCUUUAUCUUUGAAUGAGGGCAUUCUAAGUUAAACAUACUGAAACAUAUUUAAAAGUUUUUUGGAAAAAAAUGUUGACAUUUCAUAAGAAGUUAGAAAGAAAAUGCUAAAGCUUCCAAAAAAAUUAUUGACCAUUUACACACAUUUAUUUAAUAAUAUACAGAUUAAUAACACAACAUAGGGGUGUUCUUGGUUUCUGGGGUGACUAAGGAUCUUCAAUCCUGGGGAAGGGGGGAAAAAGGCUGUUGUUUGCCAUUGCUUGUUCUACCUGAAGUGGUUCUUCCUGUUGAAUUCAGGUUCUUUCAGGUUGAACUGUUUUGGUCAAGGUCGGAGGCCUUGUUUUGUGGCCACGGUACAUAGGGGGUUUUCCUCUUCCAAUUUCUGUUAAUCAUUUUCUCCUCCAUUUCUCAGUUCCCCCCUAUGGGCAGUUUAUUUCUGGGGUUUCACAUGGCAAAUUUUGCUUCAUAUUAUUCCCAUGGAGCCUUGUUUACUCUUGCUGGGCUCUAGGGUCUCUUCCCUCAUCUUUAAGAGAUGGUAAGUUACCUCAUGGUAAUAUGGCCCUUCCAAUUCUGCUGGGUACACCUCUGUAGGGCCUUGAAGGGUAGUGUAUAUGAGUUUCCUGGUUUGAACCUGCCUGCCUGCUUGUCCCUGUGAGAAUUAUGCUUGCAGACUUGCUUCUCUGUCCUUUUUGAGAGUUGAACUCAGUGGCUCCAUUCACCCCUUUUCCAGGUUUGGUAGUGUCUUCUGUUUUUCUUCCUGCUGGUCAGCUAUUUACUCUGCAGCUGAUUGGUGGGGGGUUUGUGUUUUGCCUAAUUUUGAGUAGUUCCAGGUUUCCAGACUGUAUGUCCAACAGUUACUAAGCUGAAUGCCCCUCUUUUACCCUGGGUUCUGCUGGUGCUGCCUUCCACUGCCACAGACAAAUUCAUAUAUUUUAUUUUGCUCUAAUGUAUCUUUUUAGAGCAGUCAUUUCCUACCCUGCCUAGAUGUCGAUAUGAAUAAGCUUCCAUCCCCCCCUAUUGUCUUCUUUUCGUGAUGGUUUUGAUGUUCAGUAUUGGUGGCUUAUGAGUGAAAUGGACUGCUAGCAGAGACCCUGGGUAACCUGAGUGCAUCAUCUAGUAUGGCUGGACGUAUUAAGAGUUAUUCACUCAUACUAAUAGUCUAUUGCUGUGUUUGCCUCAGGGCUUAUUUCUUUCUUUCAGUCACUACCUUUAUUUCUCCUAACCUGUCUGGUGGAUUUUUAUCAGUUUUGUGUAAAUCUCUGAUCCCCAAGUUUCCCUUAACCGAGAAAGAGUCGGAUUCUGUUCUGUCUCCUGGUAGGUCAUGCUUGGCUACCCAAGUUCCUAGACUCCAAGAAGCUAAUCAAGACCCACCAGAAAGUAAUUUCAUUAUAAUCAACCUUUUUUUUUUUUUGCCUUUACUUUGGAAACCAUAAAAUUGUGUACUGCUGGCAUUCUCUGUGAUGAAAAACUUCAAAGAUGUUGUCAAAACACAGGUAUAUGAAUAAUAAUAAAAUUAAUUUUUAUUGGUGCUGAAGGAAACAUUCAUUAUCAAAUGAACAAAUUCAAUUUGUAAUUCAUUAUCAACUACAGUAGGAGCAUAGCAAUUGGAAGAAAUUUGCCAUUACGUUUUUCCAGAAUCUAAAAUUAAACUAGAAACUUUAAGCUCUUAAGAGUUUUGUGAUAGUAUUUGAGGAAAAAUCAUGUAAUUUUGUUUAGCUUUUAGGUACAGUACAUACUUUUAUCAGCUAUGUAGAAUUCACCUAUUUCAGAUUUUCAUACUUCAUAAUGGUGGUCAUAAAAUAUUUUUAGAUACAGUACCAGGGUUAUCUUGAGAUGAUUUCGGGGCUUUUAGUGUCCCCGCGGCCCGGUCCUCGACCAGGCCUCCACCCCCAGGAAGCAGCCCGUGACAGCUGACUAAUUCCCAGGUACCUAUUUACUGCUAGGU